UUCCAUCAAAUAUUAAUGAAUCCUCUUUCUUUUCCCAUGGCGUAUGGAAGCGUAAUCUCUCUGAUUCUAGUCUCCCUGUGGGCUUCAUUUUCUUCAGCCGAUGAGAAGUUAUCUGCGUAUCAAGUUGUUCAACAGUACGACUUCCCAGCAGGCAUCCUUCCCAAGGGGGUAAGUGGGUACGAAUUGAACAGAGAGACGGGUGAGUUCUCUGCUUAUUUGAACGAAACCUGCGACUUCAAGAUCGAAUCGUACCAAUUGCGUUACAAAUCCACCAUACAAGGCGUAAUCUCCCCGGGGAAGAUAUCCAACUUGAAGGGCGUGAGCGUUAAGGUUCUCUUCUUUUGGCUUAACAUCGUUCAUGUGAUCCGGGAUGGGGAGGAGAUACAAUUCUCGGUGAGUAUCACGUCCGCUAACUUCCCUAUUGACAACUUUUACGAGUCUCCACAGUGUGGGUGCGGAUUCGACUGCGAUGGGUUGAAUGGAUUCGCCGCAUCGAUUUAGUUAGGUGGCCGUACUCAUCAGUUAAAUAAG